GUUAUACCGCAUAUAUGUCAGUUGCUAGAAACGUGAACAGUAAUGGACACUCCAAAAACAAAGUAAAAACAAAUUCAUACAACCAAACCAAACAAAUUGAUUAACAAGGAAUACCUUGUAAAGUUGGCAAUAACAACUCCAUUAAACCCCAGCAAACUGUAGAACAGUAAGCUUCCUUUUUCAGCUUCCAAACACUAAAAAUCAACAAACCCAUCUUUCAAUUCUAGUUCAGCUGCUCCUUUCUCAUCAACUACUCACAUUUAUUACAUUUAUUUUUCACUUUGUACAGUAAUCAUCACUUCAUUCUGUUUUUAAAUCAUUCAAUUUCUGAUUUUGUUCAUUAAAUUUUUCUGGGUCCUCCCCAUUUUUUCUUCUUCAUCAUUUCUCUCUUAUCAUCUUCAUUUUCAUCUUCUUAUUUUUUCUGGGUAAGUGAGAGUGAAAGAGAAGAGUUAAAAGGAGAUGCCUUUAGUGAGAUUUACAGUGAAAAAUGAAUAUGGGUUGGGAGUUGAAGAGCUGUAUAAAGAUGGUGUUCAAUCUGAAGAUCCUAAACUUGUUCUUGAUGGUGUUGCUGUUGCUGGUCUUGUUGGUGUUCUUCGCCAAUUAGGUGAUCUUGCCCAAUUUGCAGCUGAGGUUUUCCAUGGCUUACAAGAGCAGGUUGCUUCUACCUCAUCCAGAAGUCAUAAGCUGGUUAAUCGUAUUCAACGGAUUGAAGCUUCACUCCCUUCAAUCGAGAGGGCCAUACUCUCACAAACAGACCACUUACGCUUUGCCUAUACUCCUGGCUCUGAAUGGCAUUCUCGCAUCAAAGAGGAACGAAAUCAUUUCAUCUGUGAUGACUUGCCACAUUUUAUCAUGGAUUCAUAUGAUGAGUGCAGAGAACCUCCACGUUUGCAGUUACUUGAUAGAUUCGACCCCGGUGGUACUGGAUCUUGCUUAAGAAGAUACUCAGAUCCAACAUUCUUCAGGAGGGCAUCAUCUCGCUCUGAAGUAUCUAACAAUGAGAAAUCUCAACGAGAAAGGAAGGCUCGGAAAAACAAGAAAAGAAGAUCUUGGCAGCGGAAUGGACAACUUCCAAAGUCUGCACCACAAACUGUAAAUGGCAGUUGCAGGAUGCAAUUUUCCUCUACUGGCCAAGGACAGUCUUCUCUGUCACAUACAGGUUCUGCCUUUGACAUGACCUUCAAAUCUGAUAUGGGAGAUCAAUCAGAUUCACGUGGUUCGAAGGAUGGAGUAGAUUUUAGUGAUUGUGUUUCUUAUCCAAGCAUAUUGACCUUGCCUGAUGAAACCAAAAAACGGGGAUCCUGUUCUUCAGUAACGGGGGCAGAAGUAAGCAACAAUGGAUCAAUGUACCGUGAUGAGCAGACUACCGUAGCCAGUGAUGAUAACCUGUGCAGUCAUGCAGCGGAAGCAACUGUUCCCCGCUCUUCUAGUGCGACCUGGGACGAGAUACUGGAAAUAGUUGAGCCUACAGAUGUAAAUUAUGAGAUCGAGGAUAUCCAACAAGUGCCUGUGACAAAUACGUCCCUUCCUGAGCAAGAGGCUAAGCUUGUGAAUGAAAAUGGUCUCAAUCAUUUUAACGACUUCUCUGAACAUGGAAGUACCCCAAAAUCAAAAGCUGAUGAGUGGUACCCAAAAACAGCUAGUGAUGGGAACUUUAUUGAUCCGACUAUGGAUUAUGAGAUUAAUGAAGUUCGAGAUUUACUUAAGCCUAAAAUUGACCUUCAUGAGCAUUAUGCGGAGCCAGCUCGUCCUAAUUUGUGCAUGCAAGUGGUGGAUUUGUCUGAAGGUGAAAAAUCGCCACAGCCAACUACAAUUGGCAACUUAAUAAAUGAUUCCAUAUACAGGCGACUGGGAACAACUGAGGCUCAAUAUUCUAUUGAUGCUAAGUUUAUCAUUGCUGAGAAGGAAUUGGGAAUUGUCGACUCUGUACAUGCUGGUGCAGUGAAUGCCUUUACUGAAGAUGCUAACGAAGUAAAAGCGAUUGAAUGGAGCCAGCAGCAAUCAGAAACAGUCAACACAGAGCAUGUUAGUCAAAUAGAUAACUUUUGUGAAGGUGGAAAGGAUGUAAAAUUAAUUAGAUGUAGCCACCAAAAUAUGGAAGUAGUCAAUCCAGAGCUUGUUAGUCAAGGGGAUGGCUUUUCUGAUGAUGGAAACAGAGAGAAAGUUAUUGAGUGGAACCAGCUGGAAGUGGAAACAAAUAGUACAGAACAUGUUAGUCAGGAGGAGACCUUUUCUGAUGUUGGAAACAAUGUGAAACGAAUUCAAUGGAACCAGCAGGAAGUAGAAUUACGAGAUGAUGAAAAUGUUAGUCAAGUGUCUACGUUUACUGAAGAUGGAAACAGUGUGCAUGUAAUUGAGUGGAACCAGCUUGAAGAUAUCGACAGUGGAACAGAAAACUUUGUUGAUGCACUAAAUACUAUUGAAUCAGAAUCUGAAAGUGAUUUUGAGACCGAAAUGAAAAAGGAAGUACAAGCAACAGCUUUGAAAGAUGAAUUGGGAGAAGAUACAGUGAACAGCCAAACAUCAGAUAUAAGAAAUCAUUUAGUACCAGGUCAUCAACAUGUUUCUGCAUCCUAUGAUCACAAGGAAGGAGGCGUAGAAGAUAUAGAGAGGUCAACCGCUUAUGUGUCUUCAUCCAAUAUGCAGUCUCCACACCAUAUUCAGUCAUCUCAUGACAAGUUGGAUUCAGGUUUGAAAGAUGAAAUGGGAGAGGAUACAGUGAAUGGCCAAACAUCAGAUAUAAGAAAUCAUUUAGUACCAGAUCAUCAACAUGUUUCUGCAUCCUAUGAUCACAAGGAAGGAGGGUUAGAAGAUAUGGAAAGGUCAACUGCUUAUGCGUCUUCAUCCAAUGUGCAGUCUCCAUACAAUACUCAGUCAUCCCAUGAAAGGUCAGAAUCGGCGGAAGGCCAGAAACUGGAUGUUUCCAGAUGCUUGUUUGACAAACAGUCCAUGGAAACCAGUCAAUCUGCUUCUCUCUCCAAUGUUCCUCGGGUUCUAAGUGUUUGUGCUAAUGUUCCGGAGAUAGAAGUAGAACCUGCAGUCUGUGAAAUUGCAAAAUCUGAUUCUGAGGCUCCUGGUGAUGAGAGGAACAUUAGUGCAUCUCAUGUGCCUCCGGAAUUAUCAACUGGGUCAUCUGCCACCUACUCACCUGCUCUCUGGACAAAUGGAUUUCUCUUAGGACUACAGCCUUCAAAACCUACUGUGUUUGGCAGGCCUAAUUCAGGGGAUUCUGCUCAGACAAGUAAUAGUAAUGAAGUUGGUCAGUGCAAUCUCGAUGCAAUGCAGAAGGUUGAUCAUGCAGGAAUUCUGGCUUCAUCAGUAAAUAAAAUCGAGCAUGUCAAUAAUUUGUCUCAACAAAGAUUAGAGAAGACACAUAAUACAACUGUAGGCUAUGAUAAGAGUAACCUAAGUGAUCAUCCUAUGGUAGAUCCGAGGAAUGGUGAUGCAAUGCUUCUUGAAAGUAAAGUCUCCAUAGGUACAAAUGUGAAAGAUGUAUCUUCUGAAGCUACUGGUGCAAGCGAAGAUAGAUCAUCAUUGUUAUCCCUUCUCGGUCGUGGUUUACUGAAAAAUGGUCUGCGCAGGACAGGAUCACUGGGUUUUGAUGAAAGCCAUGAAAGUAGUAGCCCCUUGAAAACUAAUGAAUUUGAGAAUAGAUUCCAAAAUUCUGUUUCACACUCAGUACCUGAGACUGAUCAUAAAGGAAAGUUGAACUCUCCUGUGAGUUCUCCACCACCAUCACCACCUCUUGAGCAUAUGAAGAUAUCUUUCCAACCUGUUGAUGGAUUUGAUACUUCCAGAUUAAAGCUUAAAUAUCCAGAAGGGGUUGAUCACUACGAAAACUCUUUAGAUGCAUUCCCUUCAUUUCAGUUGGUUCCAGAGUCUACUAAGUUGCAGCAUGAUAUUGGCUCAGAUUCUGAUGAUGAUACUUUUUGUCGAUCAUAUGCCUACAUGUCAGAUGAGUCCCUCAGCCAGUCAGACUCAAAUUCUGAACAGUGGGAGUCUGGCGAUUCCACAGAAAGUAAUGAUCACACGCUUUAUAAUGGCUUGCAUAGAAUUUCUUCAGCAGAGUCUGCCUCAGUCUCUCCGAAGCAUAAAGAAGCAGAUCAAGGAAAUACACAUGUUGGCUCUGGAUCUGGCGGUGAUGCCCAUCCACUGUCUAAUCCUUCAUUUGGUUUACCAAUUUUGGAUGCCAAGAACCCAUUUACUUUUCAAGAAAUGAAACUCUGUCUGAACCCAGAAGUAAAUUCUUCCCAUCUCCAGGAUCCAACACAUGAACCCCCACCUCUUCCACCAUUACAGUGGCGGGUUUCAAGACCACCGUUUGAUGAACUAGAAGACAAUCAGGAUCAGAGAUCUGAUAGUCCGAGUCCAUAUUUUGUUCCUAAACUUUCAAACUCUGCCAUUGCUCACCCAGUAAAGGUGGAUUCAGCUAAGCUAAUAAGUAAAACUGAAGAUUCAGCUUCACUUGCAAACCCUAAAAAGCAGGGGGAGGAUAAGAAACUUGGACAGGAGAAAACAAAUCAUGCAGUUAAAGAUAGAGAAAUGGAUGACAAUGGAGAUUUUCUUCAUCAAAUCCGAACUAAAUCGUUCAACUUAAAACGUACAGAACCAAUACGAUCAACCUAUUCUCCUACUCCUGCCACAAGUAACAAAUUAACAGCAAUCUUGCAAAAGGCAAAUGCAAUUCGCCAGGUUGUUGGGAGUGAUGAUGGCGAGGAUGAUAGCUGGAGCGAUACAUGAACACUUGGGUGCAAUUUUGCAGUUAGUUAGAAAAACGAUCUCGAUUUGUCCUAUCGCUUGAUGCAUUAGUCAUAUGUUCUGUUUCCUGUGACUUGUAACUGUAAAUAGUAUCUGUCUGUAAUUAAAUUGUAGUGCUAACAUAGGUUCUUAAAAUUAUAUGACCAGGAACACUCUUGGUGUACACAAAAGUGAAACUUUUCUCAAGCAUUCUUGGCUCUAUCUGAGUAUAUGUAGGCCUAUAUGUUAAAAUUCA